AUGUUUAUUUUACACAAUGUACUAAGCAAACGAAUAACGUUGCUGCUGUAUGUUAAGCUCUUCAUAGUAAUGGGUAUUAACUGGGUGCUAGAAGUGAUCAGCGCUUUGUAUCCUAAAGCUAACAGCAUAUGGAAGUUCACAGCUACGAUGUCCACAAAGGUGGGUGUGAUUAUCUUCAUUCUCUUCGUGUGCAAGAAGAAAAUUUUCCGGCUACUAAAGAACAGGAUCAAAGAGAAAGUUCACAGAAGAGAUACAGAAUUAAGAAGUACGGUCCGGACCGGUGUUGGAAGUCGAAGAAACAUAAACAUGGAUUAA